UGCCUGUUCUUCUGAUUUCCUCUAAGGGCUGCUGCUGCCGCAUAUGUGGGUCCCCUGCGGCAGGGCUGGCGGGGGAGGCAGGGUCUGCGGCCGGAGGAGGAUGGACAAACAUCGCUUUGCGUUGGUGCCGCUGGGCGAUGGCGGGAGCUGCGGGCUGCAGGCGCGGGGCUGAGCGGUGCUGAGGAGGGUGCCUCUGCCCCGGCCCCGCUUCCCUUUCCCUGCCCCUCGGCUCCCGCUGCACAGCGCCGCGCUUACAAUUUAGCCUGGUGGUGUGAAAACAGGGUCGGGCAAGGCGAGACCCUGAAGAAAAGGAGCGCGGGCGGCCUGAGCCGGCGGGCAACCCCCGCGGGCAGCAGCCGCGCGGUGCGAGAAGCAGCAGAGGGGAAGGCAGAGCGAAGGCACUGCUCCUCCCUCCCCCGGCCGGAUAUAUAGUAUAAAACCCAGAAGAGGAGGAGAGAGUUAGAACAAGUGGAAUACACAAGUCUCAGCCUCUAUAGCUACAGAAUUGCCAUACCUAAUAUUGGAAAAUCAUAAGUCACAGUAGCAUCCUGUUGCAAUUUUCCUCCCUUCUAGGAGAGAUCUAAAAUGGUACCUCCCAUAGGAGAUUAAAGGAAGAGCACAACAAGAGAGCACGAUGUCUUCAGUUUCAGCUUAUUACAAUGGAAAGACUGUACUCAUCACAGGAGCUACGGGUUUCAUGGGCAAAGUACUGGUGGAAAAGCUACUGCGCUCCAGCCCUGAAGUGAAAGCCGUUUAUAUACUUGUAAGGCCAAAGGCUGGACAGUCAAUGCAAGAGAGAGUGGCAAAUAUGUUGAAAUGCAAGGUCUUUGACAGAGUCCGUGAAGAUUGCCCUAAUUUCCAUGAGAAGAUUAAGCCUAUUAAUGCUGAACUCACUCAACCCAAGCUGGCCAUCAGUGCUGAGGAUGAGGAGGAGCUUCUGACCCGGGUCAAUAUUGUCUUCCACUGUGCAGCAACAGUUCGUUUUGAUGAACCACUGAAACAUGCCCUGCAGCUGAAUGCGAUGGGGACGCAGCGACUUCUAGAGCUGGCCCAGCAGAUGCAGAAGCUUGAGGCAUUCAUCCACAUUUCCACCGCCUAUGCAAACUGUGUACGGAAACGUAUAGAUGAAGUCAUUUACCCGCCCCCUGCUGAGCCCAAGAAGCUCUUCGAUUUAGUAGAGUGGUUGGAUGAAUCUAUCAUUCAAGACAUUACACCCAAGCUGCUUGGGGACUGGCCCAACACCUAUACCUACACCAAAGCCUUGUCAGAAUACCUGAUUCAGCAAGAGAAAGGAAACCUGAACAUUGCUAUCAUCAGGCCAUCCAUUGUGGGAGCUAGCUGGCAUGAGCCUUUCCCAGGUUGGAUUGACAGCUUCAAUGGGACAAGUGGAAUCUUUGUUGCGGCGGGUAAAGGGAUCCUGCGAACCGUCAUUGCCAAUAACGAAGCGGUGGCAGACAUGAUUCCAGUAGACGUUGUCAUCAACCUCACCCUCGCGGCUGGGUGGUACACUGCCGUGCACAGACCAAAAAACAUGUUGGUGUACAAUUGUACAACAGGUGGAAUCAACCCUUUCUUCUGGGGAGAAAUGGAGCAGUAUGUGAUGUCCACAUUCAAAAGGAACCCACUUGAGCAGGCCUUCAGAACACCCAACGCUCACUUGACAUCAAACUACCUGAUAAAUCAGUACUGGAUAACUGUCAGUCAUAAAGCUCCAGCCAUACUCUACGACUUGUACAUGAGGCUGACAGGAAGAAAGCCCAGAAUGAUGAAGAUUAUCAAUCGACUGCACAAGUCUAUGAUGCUCCUGCAGUAUUUCUCCACCCAGUCCUGGGACUGGUCUUCAGAUAAUAUGAAUAUGUUAAUGAGUCAUCUUAACCCAGAGGACAAAAAGUUGUACAACUUUGAUGUUCGCCAGCUGCAUUGGUCAGAGUACAUUGAAAGCUACUGCCUAGGUGCUAAGAAGUACUUGCUAAAUGAAGACAUGUCUGGGAUUCCAGCAGCAAAGCAACAUUUAAGAAAGCUGAGGAACAUCCGAUAUGCAUUCAACACCACCCUUCUAGUAAUCAUCUGGCGCAUUUUCAUUGCAAGGUCACAGAUGGCUCGAAACAUCUGGUACUUUGUGGUGAGCCUCUGCUAUAAGUUCCUUUCCUACUUCAGGGCAUCCAGCACCCUCAGGCACUGAAGCAGUCCAUCAGCACCCAGCCUCUUCCAGAAGGACCUCCAUCUCCUCUAAUCUGCAACUGUGGGUAUCUGGGCCUGAAAGUAGCAGAAAAUCAACUCCCUCCAACAGCAGCCUGCAUUUAUUGUGCACUGUUAUAUGUUCACCUUUUUAAUUUUAACUAAUGCUUUAAUACAUGGUGGUCUUUCUUCCAUAGGACCAGGCUGAUUUUUAAAGCCAUAACUGAAGCUUUAGGAGCAGGUCAAGCUGGAAUCUUUCAUCCAGAGUCAGAUGUGCAAGAGUAUGGAUUAACCAAAGCCACUGUCCUCCCAUGCACUGCCUAGGCUAUCUCAAUCCCAUCUUCCUCCUUAAGCAAGGCAAAGUUAAGGGCAUAGAAACUUGAAAGAAAGGGAUGUGAUCAGAGAAGAAACAGUUGAGGAAAUUAACCUGUGAGAGGUCUUCCUAAAGAGACUAUUCCUUCAUUCUCAUUCAGUGAAAUGGUACCUUACUGAAAAUCAUGAUUUCACAUUGUCUGUUUUUCAAAACUUAGAGAAAAAACAAAAUCACUUGUAAUAGGCCAGUGAACACACUGAACAUUUUUCAGGUUUUGUCUUAGAUUGCUACUGAGGACUGAUACUUCCCAGCCAUAAUUGAAGACAUGCAUAGAAUUCAUGUACCUGUGUUAACUGUGCUCACUCACAAGCUGCUUUAUUAUGGAGAGGCAUUUUUCUCUCUGUGGUUAAGCUUGCAGUUUAAUUUCUGUUAUAAAGCCCCAUUCUUGCAUUUAUCACUUUUGCUUGGAACAUUUUCUUUCAGCUUGAAAAAUGCUGUAUUUACUCUGAGGAUGAAGAGAAGACUUCUGAAAAGUUUGAAUAAAAAUUCCGAAGCUUUAUUUGAGGAAUAGGUCCUUUUUCUCCCCGCUCCAUUUGUCUGUAGAAAAUUUCUCUGCAUAUAGCUCAGAAGCAGCCUGUUACUGCCCUUCAAGCUUUCAUUACGGCUAAAUCACUCUGCAGUUGAUCACUUGCACUGGCCAAGCAAGUAUAAAGGAGUGUACGGAGGGAAUCCAAUCAGGCCAAUUCUGCUACCACUGCUGCCAGUAGGAAUUAAAGAGUUCAGAACUUGCUUUUGUUGAGGAUAUGAAAGAUUUCAUUGACUUCUGUUUGAAACCAAUUAUGCUCCAUGAAGGUAAAACAUUUUGUCUUUUGUUGUAGUUUAGAAAGGACCUCAAGGAUCCUACUAAAGCCCAGAGCUACAGGAGAUGUUUGUUUGACUUAGUAACAGAUGUCACUGAUUUCGGAAUGGCAGGUUUUAGGUUUUUUCUAAGUAUGAAUUCCUGUGGGGAGAGAAAGAAAGAGAACCUUCUUCAAAGUAGCUGGUGAAAUGAUGGCCCUACCACAACAGCAACAAAUCUAUUUUGCUAUCACAUUUUCAAAGUCAAAUCUAAUACUGGAAUAUUUUUUUUUAUUUUGAGUAAACGGAAUAAGCACUUUAAGAUUAUGAGACUUUAAAACAACUACUUUUUGAAACAACUGCAGCAUCCAACUUGUCUAGUCUUCCAUCAUUCUAGCUGUCUGAAAAAGUACAUCCCAAAAAUUAACACAGUGGUUCUUUUCAGUGCUGAGAAUAGCAAAGCACUUACGAAGCUAUCAUUCUUUAAAAGUUAUACCUGUUUUUGGCAGUGAAGACAAGUUAUGACGACAGUGUAUUUUCGUCUUAGGUCUCCAAGCUGGUUCAAAAGUCUUUUUAAAAGAACAAGGAAUUAAUUUCCUCCAUGUAUUCCCUAGAGGUCUAGUUUCAAGCAAUUGCCAAAGGAUGCUUGCAGCGGAACCUGACCAGAAGGACACUGUCCAAAAUGGCAGGGCUCUGCCAUUGCCUACAAAGGCCUCAGUGCUUGCCACAUGUUGCUUCAGGCCUAUGCUCAGGUAGGUUAAGCACCCGGUUUACAAAGAUGCAAGUGUUUUUAAGCUCUUCACUUGAAAACAUACUUUCACUGUACCAGUUGUGAGCCAAGUGUUUUCCAGCUCUAGAAAGGUAUGCAUGCUGUAUAUUGCAUGUUAGCAAUGUGUCACUGCCUGUGAAUUUGGGAGCUAUUGGUUCAGUCACCUGGGGCUGGACACUUCAUGUGCAACGCUUCUUUAGCAGUGUAUAUCAUGGAUGUCAGCUGCAUUAUACUUGAAAGCCUGGCUAAUUUGGCUAUGUGGAGACUGCAUAGCCUUGUCAGAGUGAGGCAGGGCUCUGUAGGGAUUCCUCUGCGUUAGAAAGUAUUUGCUCAAGUAAAUAUUCAACUAUCAACCAGUUUUCAGUCUUUUCUCACAUGAAAUGUUAAAAACAAAAAUAAAAGUGCAGACUAUUUUGAAAGAAACUUAACUAAAAAAAAAAAGGCAAGAAUGCUAACUGAUAUCCUAGAAUUCUUAAGUGCCUAUCUUAUGUAUAAAGAGAAGCAAUAGCUAAGGGGAUCAUAACUCUUCAGUUGUCCACAUGACAGACAAAAAAAACAGUUCUGCAGAAGAGUCAAAUACUGCAGACAGCAGAGCACCUACAACAUCUGGCUGAAGUACACAGACAAAACCUACUGCUGUUGGGCUAUGAGUAAAGUCUCCUGCCAUCCCUCCCCAAUCCUCAUCAUGCCGUGUGUUCAGCAAAUAUGCCUAUAGGCAUGCAUAAUUACUUGCACAGGCUGUGUUGUCCCAACAAGUCUGAUACGUAUCUUUGCUCAGGAUCUGAACUGUAUCCGGAGCGUAUCCAGACCUGCAAAAAGAUGCUUUGGGUUUCACUCAGAGUGGUGGUUGUGGUGACAUGUUUUAAAGCACUUCAGCGUUUUGCUGAAGGUAACAGAAGUAGCAAAGCUACUACUCAUCCCUGCAAAACAGCAGGAGUUGCUGGGGAUGUGAGAAGCAUAGCUGUUGCAGACAGUUCAUGCUAUCCUGGCAGACUUUCACAACCCACACAACAUUGCCCGCAGCUGGCUCCCGAGCUCUAGCCUUCCUUAACACAGACAUAAUGUGGUGGAACUUGAAUCUUUAACCAUUUUCUUGUGGCUUCAGAUAUUUUUCAGGUGAUUGUCUGAAUCACAAAAGUAUUUCAGAAAAACCUCAAUACAGAGAUUGACACCUGGCAAUGGCAUUUAGGUGUCAGUCCUGACUGCGAUCACAGCAAGCUGGACUGGGUUUAAAACUUGUUCUGACCUCAAGCAGUGACUUACCUUUGGAGUUUUCCUAUGUGUUCCUCAGUGCAUUUGCAUUUGCUCUGAAAAAGCUCAAGCCUUGGGGAACAUAUCUAAAAGAAAAAAGCCAAGUGACAGCUAUUUUUCUUUUUCCUUGCUCCAGCUCCCUCUCUUUCAUGUAUGCAUACACCCUUUUGGCAAAUUGAAACCCAAAUACAAUUAUUAAGUUAAAUUAGAGGUCCUGUGGAGACCAAUAUUUGGGAACCACAUAUUAAUGUGAAAAACUCAGCAGUAGAGAUUACUCAUUACAGUUGAGGGCUAGAGAAUUAGAUUUUAAUACCUGUAUGGUUGAAGCAGGACUCAGGCUUUUUACAGAGGUAGCAUACAGAGGAAGAGCCCUUUCAGCAUUUUGCUAUCAAUCAGUUGGGUUUCUUGUAUUAAAAUGCAUGAAUAAAAGUCCCCCCACCCCUCUCCAGCCUGUCCCCUAGCUUCCGGCAGGCAGCAUGGAGACCAAUAUUAGCAAUCAUUCUGCACAGCCACUGCAGAAAAUAUCUGCCACAAGACAGUGCAAUGGGGUUAUCAGCUGUAAUCGUACCCCACGGACUUGCGGUUUACCUACCUGCUUACGGUGUCAGAAGCCUGCAUUGCUGCUACAGAAAUAACAUGGGAACACUGCUGAAACCAGCGUGCUAAUGUUUUUGUUAAUACUAUGCAUAUAUACUAGUCUGUAGGCUAUAGCUAUAAACUGCCGUGUGAAAGUAAUGAAACACUGAAUAUCAUUUCAUUGUCAAAUAGUGAUGGGCAUAAGUCAUCAAGCUUGCAAUUAAGAAGAAUCUCUUUUUUAUUAAAUAGCUAUACAAAAAAACCCAAAUCCCUAAAAUUAUUCUGAGUUUAAACUGCCAUUUGACUGAAAAACAAGGCUGUUUAUCUCCAGCAAGUCUGUUGUAAAAAUAAAAUUUCUCAGUGCUGAACUUACCUUUUCUCAGUGCUGGGAAGAACCCAGUUCUUCCUUGGUGGGGGGAACAGACAUACUGAUAUAUUACAGCUUGUCGGCAUAUUACCCACCUCUUCAAGAAAUGUAUUAUUUUUAAUUUUCCAAGAAAACAUGGUUUUAUAUGUUAUGUCUGUGUGUAUAUUCACAUCUUUCAGCACACAUUUUCUCAUAUAACAUACCAAGAUGGUAAAAAUAGUGGAUAUUGUACUGAAAUGCCAGGCUGUGCUUGUUUGGUAUGCACUGUCCUAAUUCAGUUAUGAUGAAGCGAUAAAACCUACCCUAGUUUCCUAUGCAAAGGAAACCUACCUGUAGUACUAUUAAAUAAUCAAAUCAUUAUCAUGAAUAAGCAACUGGGAAAAGGGGUGGGGGGGCACUCUUUGGUUUGUAAAUAAGCUGCAGCUUCAUGUUUGAAAGCAUGCUGUUGCUCUUCCGGCAUUGCAGAAAGUACAGAUGAACUUUUAUUACAACUGGGCCCUUUAUUCUAGUGUAGAGUAAAUAAUAUACUAUACCUUCCCCAAAAGCUAAAUGGUGAAUAUCCCAUUUCACGGUGCUAAUCAUUGGUAAGAAGGUGGUACAGACUUACCUAAAGAUGAUUUAAAAAAAAAAAAGAAAAAGGUAUUUGGGGAAUAACUAAAGAUGUACUUUCCCACUUUUCUCUAUUGCUUUAAAAAAAUGUGAAUUGAGUUGUUUUAAUAAGAAGUUUCAUGUUAAUCUGAAGAAAAGUUUCUUGUUCCUACAUAAUCUUGGCAGACCCCACUUUACAGUAAAAUAACCUAUUCUCCCACUGUCCAAGGUUUAUAUGGUUCUAUCUGCUAUUUCUAUACUCUUGUUAGCUACGAAACAACUUAAUGUUAUAAAUCUUACUUACAAAGUUUCUAAUUUAAGGGUGUAAUCUUUUGAGCUCUCAAAUCUGAUAAAAUUGUAAAGUCACAAAUUAUAAGAACCUCAGCCAUAAAAUUGUUAAUAUGAAGUUUAUGUUAUUUUAAACAUUUAAUAAAACAAAAUAUUUUAAAACUA